AUGGGAGACAGAAUGUUGGCCAUGUGGUAAGGACAAGGAUAUUAUCAUUUCACAGCAUCCAACAUAUUAACUGGAAAUCCAAAUAUGAUUCAAAAUGUUAAUUAUCCAGAAGAUAUUGAAGGAUUGUGGACUUAUGUUUACUAUUCAUACAGUGUAGAGGAGAACAAAGCUCAAGGUUUCAUUAAGUUCGGAGAGGAGAAUUUCAAAUAGAUCACACACUAAACAACCUAACCAUUGACCAAAUAUUUGAGAUUCAUAGUUGGUGGUAAUGAUGAUAAGAGAUACCCAGGAUUCAAUGGUUUAUUCACAUCAAUUACAUUCUCAUCUUAAAUAGGAGCUUAUGUUGACAGCAUUGAUGCUUUGAAUAAAUAUGUUAAUGCUAAUCCAUAUCCCAAGUUGGAUACUACUCCAUAGAAUUAUUUAUUAAUCAAGGAUCCAAUUACUAGAAAACCAGAAAACGAUUUCUUUUUGAGGGAAUUCGGAGAAGACAAUUAAAGAUUCCCAGUUGAAUACUCAAUCAGUGGAUGGUAUAAAUGGGUUGAAGGAACUCCAGCAAAUCAAUGGUAGAAUUUAUACAGAGUAUUAUUGAAGAAGGAGCCAACAGAUACUGCAAUAUUGGGAGAUAGAACAUUGGCUGGUUGGAUUGGAUUUGGUAAUGUUCAUUAGAGUACUUACACUUAUGUAAAUAUGAAUGGAGCAGGAAAUAAUAAUAUUUGGAAAUAGACAGAACAUAAAGAUAGACAUCUGAGAUGGUUCUUUGUCUACCAUGGAUAUUCAAGAAAUGAUCGAUUAUCAUAUGCCUAUGUAUAAUACAAAAAUGGAGCUGAAUCAUUAUCAUGGGAUAAAGUUAACCAUUACUUCGUUCCAAGAUUUUAUGUUUAUGUAGGAAAGGAUGCUAUAAAUGGAUUCAAUGGUCAAAUUGGAGCUAUUAAUUUCAACAUUGGAGCUGGUUCAUUCAGAAAGGGAGAUGAUUUCACUCACGAUAAACAUUUCUUUGGAUUUGGUGCUCCAUUCGUUUAGACUAAAGUGAAACCAUUCGACAUCAAGGAGAGAACAACUGAUAUUUUAGUAAGUGCAGCCCCAAGUUAAGAGAAACCAUCAUUCACAAAAGUAUUGCCAGAAGAUGAAGUAGCAAGUUGCGAGGAGUAUGGUUAUGGUUUCUGGGCAAGAUACUUGACUUAAUAUCCAACUCCAUAGAAAUCAGGAAUGCAAGGUGAAUGGACAUUUGUUUCAAGAUUAACAAAGAACUCGAAAUUGUAGGAUAUCACUUUAGGAGAUAGAACUUUGGCAAUAUUCUUGAAUAGAAAUAGUGCUUUCCACAUUACAACUUACAAUGCUGGUAAUCCAAACUCAAUUGUAAAUGCAGCUGCAAGACCAGAUUUCGAAGGAAUUUGGAUCUACAUUCAUUUCAGUCAUAAUUUAGAGAAGAAAUCAAGUGUUGCCUUAUUGAAGUAUGGUGAUGAGAAACCAGUGAAAUAUUAACAAGCUGCAGCUCAUGUAGCACCAGCAUUCCUACAAUUCUAUUUGGGAGGUAAAGACUUCUAUAAUUCAUGGAAUGGUCAGUUCAGUGAUGUUAUGGUUUCAGCCAGCGAGGGUAUCUUCAUUGAAGAUGAGGCUGCAUUGAUUAAGCAUUUGUCAGGAUUCAAGAUGCCAGCCUAAUUCAACUAUGACUUGAAGACUUUCGAAGUAAUUCCAAAGGAGUAAACCUUUGAUGGCAAGUAAGAAGUCAAGGAAUAAAUGUUUGAGGAAGACGUUGCUUUGAGACCAGAGUAUGCUUGGUCAGGAUGGUUCAGAUGGGAUAAUCUUCCAGCAGGUGCCUUCUUCCUGUAUGCUAGAUUGAGUAUAUUCUAAGGACCAACAGAUUUGUCUUAUUUGGGAGAUAGAACAUUAUCAGCAUGGGCAGGACCAGGUAAUAUGAUGCAAUUCUCCACAUAUACAUAUGCUAAUUUAGUUGGAGGAGGAAAUGCUGAUAGUUGGAAUAGAAUAAACUCUGGAUAAGAGUUGGUAAGAUGGCAUUAUGUUUACUUUGGAUAUUCUUUGAUUGAGAGAGCAGCUUAUUACAGAGUAGAAUUUAAGGGAAGAUUGGAAGAAUUCACUUUCAAAGAUCACAAACACUACUACCCAAAUAAAUUCUCAUUGUAAGUUGCUAGGGACAAGUUCUACUAACCAUUUGCUGGUACCGCAUCCUAUUUCAGAUUAAAUGUUGGUGAAGGUGCUUACAGAAUAAGUGGGUAUGAUAAAGCCAAGAAUGACAUCUUUGCUUAUAAUCUAGGCAAAUAAGCAUAUGUUAAACCAUCUCCUACCUUCGAUUUCAAUAGAGACUAAUAGAAGGGAGUUUCUGACUCACCAGUUGAUGGAAAGGAUCCAGUAUGGUCAAAGAAAAUGAUUGGAUCAGAUUUGGAUGAUGUUAAUGAAUAUGGUUAUUCAAUGUGGUUGAGACAUAUGGCCCAUUAUCCAGUUCAAUUGCCAAUAGGAUUAUACGAUAAGCCCUGGUCAUUUGUUGUCAGAUUAACUAAGAAUCAAUAACUAUAAGAUAUUACAGUCGGAGACAGAGUCUUGGCUAAUUGGUUAUAUAACGGCAAUUACUAUCACUUUACUACUUAUCAUCAAAAUAAUCCCAACUUGAUUUAGAAUAUCAACAAUCCAGAUGAUAUUGAUGGUGUUUGGUAUUAUUUACACUUUGCUCACAGUCUUGGUAGAAAAUAAUCAAUAGGUUUCUUACAUAAUGGACAGAAAUUGAAUAAGGUCGUUUUUGCUGCUGAACACAUUGCACCAACUUUCUUAUAAUUAUAUUUGGGAGGAGUCAAUCUCAAUUAUCCAGCAUAUAAUGGUCAAUUUGCUAAUGUAUUAUUCUCAGUAGGUGAUGGAAUCUUCAAAAAGGAUGAGGCUGAGUUCAAUGCAUUCUUUAAUGACCUUAAGUAACCAGAUCCAUUCAACAGAAAUCUUGUAACCAAGAACAUUGUUGAAGCACCAAAAGAAUUCGGAAAGGAUACUGCUGUAGAUGAAAAGGUUUUCACUGAAUUUGCUUUGACAGGAGAAUACUCAUGGUCAGGUUGGUUCAAAUGGACUCCAACUGUAUAAUAACCAUGGCAUUUAAUGGUGAGAUUGUCAAGUCUUCAAAACUCUGCUGAUUUGAAAUUCUUAGGAGACAGAGUCUUGAGUGCAUGGGUUGGAUAAGGAUAUCUCCAUUUCACUUGUUAUAGUGCUGUCAAUAUCGUAGUUGCUGGAUAUCCAAAUCAAAAUUAGAAUAUCAAUUAUGAGACAGAUUAUACAAAAUGGCAUUAUGUUUACUUCGGAUAUUCAAGACUAUAAAGAUUAGCACAUGCUAAAUUGCUGAAGUACAAUUCAAAAAAUACAUUCCAAUACUUACCAAACAAAUUCUCACUUUGUGCAGCCAAGGAUAAAUUCUACGCAGCAUACAGUGGUAAUAUUGCACAUUUAAGAUUAAACGGAGGUGAUGGAGCUUUUGAUCCUAAAUCUUAUGGUGAUAACAAAUAAGAUAUCUUCGGAUACAAUAUUGGAAAAGAUAACGUCAAAGAGAAAGAACCAGAAGUAGAUCCACUUAGAUCAUAAGAAGUAUUAGAUUCAGCAUGGAAUCAAGAUAAACCAGUUUAUUAGACUGAAUUCAAGAAGGAAGAUCUAGUUGGUAUUUAGGAAUAUGGUUAUGGAUUCUAUUAUAGACAUUUGGAAUAAUAUCCAGCACAAAUGAGAGAGGGUAGAUUGGAACCAUGGAUGAAGGAAAUAUUAGAAUGGGAGAUCGAUUAUUGGCUACUUGGUAAGAAUAAGCAGCUAUUUUGUUUGUUACCAACAAUUUACCAGGAGAUCCAAAUAUGUUAGGUAGAAUUAGUGUUGCUGAAAGAGAAGGAUUAUGGACAUUCUUAUACUUCAGUUAUUCAUUGGGAAGAUUAAUUGGCAGUAGGUAUUUUGAAAUUCGAUAACAAUGAUGAAGUAUUCCAUAUUCCAAUGAAAUGCAAUCACGGUAAAGUUGAUUAUUUGAAAUUCACUUUGGGAUCUGCACCUCCUCAUUUCUACCCAAGAUUCAAUGGUUAAUUUGCUAACUAUGCAGUCAAACUAGGACCAGGUGCAUUUGUUAAAAAUUAUGAUGCUAAGAAGAAGUAUUUACUCAAUAGAAUCCCACAUCCUGCUGGUGAUGAUAAUAAAUUCAGAUAAUUCAAAGUAGUGGAAGGUUAGAAACAAUUCAAGGGAGACAGUUAAGAUGAAGUUAUAGUUGAAAUACCAAGUGAUUUCAGCAAAUUUGCAACAGAAUACUCAAUUUCAGGAUGGCUCAGGUGGGAUACUCCAGCUCUAGGUGCUCCAUGGUUCAAUGUAUUCAGAUUAAGUUUGUAUAACGCAGAUUUGAAUGCUGAAAACAGAUUUGGUGAUAGAGAUUUGGCAUUGUACAAACAUAAUACUUACUAUCAAUAUCACACUUAUAACUAUAACCCAGGACAACCGUGGACAUUUGAACAUGUGAUUCCUCAUGCCGAUUAACAUUUGGCAUGGCACUUCUUCUAUUCUGGAUAUUCAAGAGACAAAGCAAUUCAAUACCAUUUUAUUUCCUUCUAAGAAUCUGAUGUCGAGAAAAUAUUUGAUAAAUAGAAGCAUCUUAUAGUCAAUAAACACUAUUUGUCAUUUGGUAAAGAUUUCAAGAAAUUCUACCCAUCACACAGGGGUUUCACUGGUACUGCUAGUAUGGUUAAUUUGAAUUAUGGAGAUGGUGCAUUCACCAUGAAACCAUUCACCAAGAAGAAUGACUUAUUCUAAUUUGCUGAUGGAGAGAAGAAAUACAGAAAACCAUUCUCAUUAGUAGAAAUCUGGAGUGAUAAGAAUAAAUAAAUACCCUCAAUUUCUGAUAGUAAUGAUAUAGUCUAUAAUGUUGAAUUGACAGAUGCUAAGGACAAUAUCAGAGGAUUAGAUGAAUAUGGUUGGGUCGCAUGGGUUAGAUCAUCCAGAACUGAACCAAAGAACUUACCAUUUAGACCCCAUACUCACUCUAUUGCUAGACUUUCAACUUAAAGAGUCAACAGAAAUACUCAAUAACCAGGAGACAGAGUACUAGUAGCAUGGUAGUAUUUCCCAACUUAUUAUUUCGCUACUUACACUACAGGAAAUUAUGAUGUAGGCUAACAAACUCCAUUUAAGAUUGUUGAUGGUUACUGGAGAUUCAUCUCUAUGUCUUAUAAGAAGGGAGAAGUAAAGGCCUAUGUUUACUUUGAUGAUAAAGAUAUUGCUGAAUUAAAAUUCGAUGUUAAACAUGAAUUAGUUAAUGAGUAUUUGAGAUUAACAUGUGGUGGAGAGACUGAAAUAUUCAAAUAUAAUAACUUCAAUGGUCAUUUAUUAAAUAUUGGAUUAAGAUUAGGUUAGGGAUCCCAUAUACCAACUAAAGAUGACCUAUUGAGAUUUUUGUAAGGACCAUGGAAAUUACCAGAUUAAGUUUAAAUUGACUAAUCAAGAGCGAGUUUGGGCAUUUUGAAGGAAAAGAGGGAGUUUAAGGCUGAUGCUGAACCAUUUUGGGUAACUGUCAAACCAGAAGUAGCCAGAGGAAAAGAUGAAUAUGCAAUUUCAGGAUGGGCAAGAUGGGUAGAUCCAGCUUCAAUUUAAGCAUGGCAUUUACUUUAUAGAGUAUAGAUUUUCAAUAAAGAUACUGAGGGAUUAAGGAAUGCUGAUAGACCAGGAGAUAGAACAUUAUCCUGCUGGAAGGGUCAAGGAUUUUUCUAUUUUGCUACAUAUACAGUCGAUUAAGGUCAUGGUGGAGCAUGGAACAUUGAGAGAACAAAUCCAUAUGAUGAAGUUAUGCACAAGAAUUGGGUUUACUUCUAUUAAGGAUAUUCAAGAUCAAAGUAGAAUGUUCACAUUUACCUUAAAUAUCCCUCCAGAGAUGUUCACUUUGAUGUACCAGUCAAUCACUUUGUCCCAACUCAAUUUUAUGUUCAAUUUGGUAAAGAUCAAUGGAGUGGUGGAUGGAAUGGUUACCUUGAAUCUUGGUAUUUCAAUACUGGUAAUGGAGCAUACAAGACUGCAGAUUAUGAUAAAGAUGAAUCAGAUUUAUUAUCAUUUGGAUUUGGUGGAAGAACCAUUCCAAAGCCAAAGAAUUGGGAUUCUAAAGAUAUGUUCUAAAACAAUUGGGGACCCUCUGACCAAUCACUAGGAAAGGAUGUCGAAAUAACAGAUGAUUACAUUAAUGGAUUGACUGAAUAUGGAUAUGGAAUGUGGACUAGAUUUAUUUGGAAUGGAGAAAGAAAACUAGUAGACAAACCAGCUUGGAUGGCAUUAUCUAGAUUGACAUACAGACAAAACUAUUAAGGAGAUGCAGCUUAAAUUGGAGAUAGAUUAUUGGCUAUUUGGGUAGGAUCUGGUUUCUAUCAUUUCACUACUUCUCAACCAGGAAAUGCUAAUGUGGUAAACAAUAUAAACUACAAUAAUUUAUUGGAUGGAUCUUGGAAUUACAUUUACUAUGGAUAUAAGAAAUUUGAUAAGGGAGGAAAUGUAGUAGGACAUGUACUCUUUGGAGGCUCAGCCGUUAGAUCAACCACUUUCCCUGAAAUAGUAAAUCAUACUCCAUUAUCUGACUACUUAUACUUCUGUGUUGGUAGUUCAGGUGCCAAAUUGAGAACAAAUUAUCAUUCAUUUAAUGGACAUAUCUCAAAUGUUGAGUUGAUGUUGGGAAAUGGCGCUUUCUUCUCGAACCCAGAUGAUCUAAGGAAAAGAUUGCCAGAAAUGCCUAAAUUCCCAUAAUUAGCACCAAUCAAAGAGGUCAUCUUUUAGGAUUAAAGAGAUAUGAAGAGAGAAGUGGGUCAAGUGGCACCUGUUGAAUUUACUGAUAAGUUUGCUGGAUAAACUGAGUAUUCAGUGUCAAUUUGGUUCAAAUGGUCUUCGAUUUCAAGAGCAACUUGGGAAAAUGUUUAUACUCUCUCCUACAAUGAACAAAAUAUCAGAGGAAAUCACGUAAGACCAGGAGACAGAGUGUUAUCAUUAUUCUAAUAUGCUGAUCACAGACAAUUCUUCAGUACUUACACUACUCCAGAUGUUGAUGAUGCUUUCUAAUAAAUCUUCACAGAAUGCCCAACUCCAGCUCUUGAUCAAAUUGCUUGGGUUUAUGCUUAUUAUGCAUACAGUAGAAAGCUUAACACUGUUUACAGUUUCUACAAGACUAGAACCACUGAAUGUGACAAGAAAUUGAUAGCUUUCCAUAGAGUGCCAAGAUAUUUAGGAUUAUAUGUUGGAAAGGAUGGAAUUCACACUCCUUACAAUGGCAAAUACCAAUAAAUGUAUUUGAUGGCUGGAAAUGGUGCCUAUAGAGACAAGGAUAUCUUGAGUUUUGAUCCAUAUAUUGCAGGUGCAUUAGGAGUCUAAUCUAAACCAUAUAAAUGGGCAGAGAAGAAGGAUGAUUUCGAUUUGUCAUUUGAUGGAUACCUUGUAAAAGAAUUUGAUCCAGAAGCAGUAGAUGGACAUUCAGCCUAUGCAAUUGGAUUCUGGAGUAGAUACUUAACUGCAAUUCCAAAGAGAGUCUUAGACAAACCAGCAUGGGUAUCUAUGGCUAGAUUCACAGUCAAUAGAGACUAUUAAGAUUAAUCUAAGGUUGGAGACAGAACCCUUGCAUUAUGGUUAGGAAAAGGAUUUUAUGGAUUUAGAACAUAUAAUUUGGCUACCAAUACUCCAACUAUUGCUUAAGAUAUCAAGUAUGAUGACAAAUUAGAAGGAGAAUGGAAUUUCAUUUAUUUCUGUUUCGCCAGUUCAAAACAAUAAGCUAUAGGUUAUGUCAAGUUCGGCAGCUCAGGAGAUAUCAGCAGAGUUAACUUCCCAGAAAUCACACAUAAACCAAUUGAAGGUUUUGGUAAAUUAAUUAUUGGAAAAGAAUUCAAUUAUCAAGGAUUCAACGGUAAGAUUUCACAAUUCUAAAUGCUCUUUGGUGGACAAGGUUAUGCUCCUGAUGUAGAGACAUUAGAAACCUUAAUCAAGACUACUUUCCCAUAACCAGAUCUCAAUAUUCCUGAUCCUUAGAUGAAGUCUAAAAGAGAGUUGGCGAUUAAUCCUCAAGUCUAUGAAUGGCCAUAUCAAUAUCAAGAGUCUCUUGAAUACUCUAUCUUCGGAUGGUUCAGAUAUUCUUAACCUAAAUUGUAGAGAGAAAAUAAUGUCUUUUUGAGAUUGACAAACAAUGAACCAGGUUAUAGAAAAGAAGCAGCAAUCGUAGGAGAUAGAACACUCUUGAUCAUGUACUAGAUAAAUGAAGUAGUCUUCUCGACAUACACUCUUGGCACUAUUGAUGAUGGUUAAGUGGCUAACAUUAGAAAACCAGCUCCACUUGGAAACAACUUUGGAGUUUGGACUUACGUUUGGUUCGGAUAUAGUUGGUCAAAGAGGCUUGCCUCGGGUAUUGUGAAAUUCCCACAAGACAAGGUUAUUGUUCCAUAUGAGAAUGUCUUACACAUGGUACCUAAAUAUUUGGCCUUUUUCGCAGGAUCAGAUGGAUUCUUAGGUGGAUGGGAAGGACCAAUGAGAAAAGUAGGAGCAAUCUUUGGAAAAGGUGCUUACAUUGAUCCAAAUAAAGGAAAUUAUGAGAAUAUGUUACCUAACUUGUUGGGAUUGUAACCAAAGAAAGCAGAUUGGAAACCCUCCAGAGAAGAAAUUAUUUUUGUUCCAAUCAGAGAUAGACCAGGAUAUGAUUUGACAUUCAGAGAUGAAGUAGGUGGUGUUACUGAAUACGGUUAUGGAUUAUGGACAAGAUGGUUGAUGACAACUCCAGAAAGAAUUGUUGAGAAAUCUUCAUUCCAUCAGUUAAUCAGAUUGACCAACACUGAGAGAUAUGAAGACAAUGUUGCUCUUGGAAAUAGAGUGUUGGCUAUUUGGGCUGGUAAAGGAUAUUAUCAUUUCACUACUUAUGACAAGAAGACUAACAAGGCAUCCAUAUCUGCCAAUACAAAUUACGAUGACUACUUUGAAGGACAUUGGAACUACAUCUAUUAUUCAUUCACUGCAUAAGACACACCUAGGGCAGUUGGAUUUGUUCACUUUGGAGAUGUACCAGGAUAAACAGUUUCUAGAAUCGAAUUAAUUGAUAUUGCUCAUAAUCCAUUAAAUGGAUAUGCUCGAGUGGUGGUUGCCAAUAAUGAAUUCGGAUACCCAGGAUUUAAUGGUAUGAUUACUGGCUUAAGAAUCUUCUUUGCUUAAGGAUUUGUUGGUUCCAAAGAAUAAUUCUUGAAAGAUGUCUUAGCAGUCUAACCAAAACCAUAAUUGACAGUUCCUGCUAGAACAGACAUCAAUGUUUUGAAAUAAGAGAGAGUAGUCAAUAAAGGUGAUUCUGGUAUCCCCAUUAAGACCUCUUAUACUCAAUUUUAGGGAGUACUUGAAUAUGCAGUUUCCGGUUGGGUACAAACUAGAAGAGGAUAAAUUGAUGAAUUGUCAAGAAUGAUCUUCAGGUUGACUAUCAAUGAUCCAGCUAUUCAAAAAGAUAAAUCAUUGCCAGGUGAUAGAACACUUACAUGUUUCUUAUUCAAGGAUGCAUUAACAUUCUCUACUUAUGAUUACGGAGAAUUAGAUAACAAUGAGGAUGACGAAAAUGAUAUCUAAUGGCCAUCCAAGAUAGGAGCCAAUGGAGGAGAGUGGGUCUUCUUGUACUUCGGUUACAAUUCCAAAAUCAGAAAAGCCUUUGCUUACACACUCUUCUUGAACAGAGAAUUAGGAAAUCAAUAUAAUGAUUUGAAACACUUUGUUCCUAAUAAGUUCUGGUUCUACUUGGGAGGAGAUGGAUUCAAUCAAUAAUUUGAAGGUACAAUGUUCAAUUGGAAUCUCAAUUUCGGUGAUGGUUCCUUCACAAACAAAGGUAAAUCAGCUAUUACUUCAUGGCCCUAUGAACCUUAACAAUAAGCAGCUGAUCAACUUCUCUCAGUCUUACUUGGUAAUCAAGGAUUGAGUUCUAUCAAAUUGGAAAGAUCAGCCGGACCAGCAUCAGGAUAAUUGGAUGUUAAAGGAGCUAACUCAGGAGUUGUAGAAAGAACAGCUGGAGCUAAGUCAGGAGUUACAGAACAAUCAGAAGGAGCAAAAUCUGGUAAAUCAGAGACCGCCCCUGGACCUAAAUCAGGAUCUUCAUAAUGAAUGAUUUGAUUAUUCAUAUUAAAUAAACAUAAUAAAUACCAUUUCUAAA